AAGCAACUCAAAUCAGUUUGAUUGAUCUUCACAUCAAAACAAGCAAAAAGUUUUCAAUGGAUGGAUGAUUGCACCCAAUUCGUUCUUGCUCUGUGACGGUGAGAAGGGUUGCGAGCAAGUGGCCGAGUCGGCUGGAAAAAUCUUAGUGAAUGCUACCGGCGAUCCUCGUCGCUGCCUUCACAAUGCAAUUCAGCUCUGCAAAAUGAGAUGAGUUUUGAAAACGUCAAUAUUCUUCGUUCACUUCAAUUGACAUCUUUUGGCUAUUUCGUGUGCUGAGCUGGGCAGGCAUUGGAAAUGUCUGCGCUGCGCUGGGUGCGCGACCUGGUGGGCAAGCCAAAGCAAGAUGCACAGCCACGCCAAGAGUCACCUGGCGAGCUGCCGCAAGGCACAGAGCUAGGAAUAUGGCAUCUGAAACAUUUGCUGAGUGAUUACAAGAAAUUGUCUCAGGCCGAGAAGGACUCGCAGUUGAAGAAGAUGAUACCGCUGUUCUGCAAGGUGUUCUCUGAUAGAGCCAACGAGCUUAGUAUGCGACUGCCAGAAGCCAAGGAUUUCGCUGGAGAAGUGUCUCGAGUUCUUGUAACAGAAAUUCAGCACAGAGCGAUCAAUUUGAGUGCAAAGGAAGCGUGCCAGGUGAUAGCCUCGUACCUGGAGGACCACAGCCAGGACACUAAUCCAACACAAGCGCUGGUCGGCGGUACGGGUGUGCGCGAGCCGAACGACGGCUGGAACAUGCUGCAAACCGUACGUCUGCUUGCCGAGUCCAUGGCUAGUGACGUGCUGCUGUCCCUGGCCCGCUCCGGCCUGCCGUCCACGCUGACCAAGUGCCUGUAUCUGUUCUUUGAUUUGCCACCGCUGCCGGCGCUGCCCUCUGACGAGGCAACCGGCGGUGCCAGUGCUGCAGAGGGUGGCGCAUCAUCAUCGGAGUCGGCAAGCCGUCGGCAGCAUCGUCUGUUGAACGUGUUCAGCGACUCGCCGAGCGCCACACAGCCUCGCCUGGACCCCGGCACGCUGGAGCAGCUGGCCGUGCUGCACAAGCGGCGCGUCACGCUGCACGGCGAGUUCACCAAGGCGCUGGUCGCGUGCUGCCAGGCGAGGGCGGCGGCCGAGGACAUCGUCGACCAGGACGACCUGUGCCGGCUGUUCGGCAUCGUGACCACCUACUGCCCACCGCACUGUCGGCCGUGGAGAAAGCUGUCGUCGGACGUGCUGAUCUGCAUGGCGCGCUGCUCUCUGAGCCCAGCCAUUGUGAACUACGUGCAUCGGCGUAACUGCAUGUCGCUGUGCAUACACAACAUGAACAAGAGCAUGAUGGAGGGCGUCAGUCCGCUGGAGCUGAUCGAGAUGAUGGUGACACUGUCGUGUUUUAUCAAGGACGCCAGCGAGACGUCGUACAUACUGCUGGACGACUUCCGCGUCGGCCAAGGCUAUCGGUUCCUGUCUGAUUUUCUUCUGCGCAUGGAGACCUCUCAGAGCAAGGAUGCGCCAGCAGCGAUGCGUAACAUGGUGUUACUGGUGUCAAACCUCACCAAGACUGGCUUUGUGGAGCUGCAACCGCCCAAGAUGGAUGCCUCGCCUUUCCAGGCCAGGGAUUUUGUCUUGCCGACGCCUAGCGGAACUGACAGUGUACGGAAUAUCCUGGCCUUCCAAGUCUUACAGGCAUCCUUCAUGAAGGCACGCACGGAGUCGCUAUGCCUGCGCAUCGUAGAGAUUAUCUUCAACAUUUUCAGCAUUGACCCGGCUAACUUCUUCAUCCUGGAACAUCAGCAGACGCUAUCUUGCUUUGUGGAAAAGAUGCACGAGAAGACCAUACCUGUCCAGGAACUAGUGUUGAAGCUGGUCGAGUAUGUUGUCUGCUCUCUGAACUACAUCCCGUGUCCAUCACUCGUCAGUAUGAGUAUUACACUGAAGGUAGCAAGAAUUCCCACUGUGUUGGCCAUCAUGAUUCUGCUGAAUAAGCUGGUGAAUUUCGACGCAAAGUUCCGUGCAAUAUUCCGUGACCUGAGUUUAUUGGACAGCAUAAUCUACAACCUGGAGCAGUUCAGUGUUUCGUCUUAUCACCAUGCUGAACGGGAAGGUCGCCUGGAAGCUGCGCUGUGUCACAGUGCAGGAGGCAUGCGUCCGAUGUCGCCCGCUGUCAUGUCUGGGCAGAUGACCCCGGUGAGAGGUGCGGCUGAACUCAACGAGAGGGCCAUGAAAGAUGCCAGUACCCUGGAGAAAGAGGCUAUCCAGCAUGCAAUUGGUCGUUGGAAGUGUUCCUCUGUGGAGUCUACGCCGAAUGCAGGAAGCAACAGGGCAAACGAUAUGGAUAGCACACUGACUACGGAGGAGUGUCUGCGUCAGUCAGUGUUCUGUCUGUGUACUUUGCUGACGGACUCUGCGGAGAACGUGGCCGUCUUCCAUGGCAGUGAUGGUCUCAACAUUCUGGGCAGGAUGAUUGAGGUGCCUGGGCUGUCACGUGACCUAGGACUACAGAUCUAUUCACAUCUGAUUGUGACGUCCAGUACAGGCGAUGAAGAGAUGAGCGCACUGCUGGGCUUGUUGCAAACUCUACCAGCGCAGGCCGUGGAGCUGAAGACGGCCAUCUUGCAGUGCAUCCAGCAGACGUUCGUACGGCACGGCGAUCGCACACGCGCCAUGUUCCGCAACGUCUCUGGUUUUGCGUACGUUAUCAACGUUGCAGCUAGCAUGUCCGACAGCUUACAACAACCACCACCACAGGCGUGGCUAUCAGUGAAGCGUCCUGACGUACUGUCUCUUGUACGUCACAUCAUCUCACUGAUGACUGAAGUGAUGAAUGAGGACGUGGCAAACAUGUACAUUCUACAUCAGUGGAAUCCACACCCGACAUUCAAUACCUCCAAUAUGAUAACAUCGCAGACGCUGACGUCUGCGUUGCGUUUGCUGGGUUGCUUUGCGGCGUCCGUGCAAGAGCUACCGCAUUACUCGGUCUACGAGUGUGAAUCUCUCAGCCAGGCUGCUGGUGAAUCGUUGUCCUUGUCAACGAGUGAACUGUUUGCUGCGUUCCGCCACACCAGUCUCUAUUCGUCUGCGGAGGUGAUUGGCUGUGUGUAUGCUAUGGCUAUGGGCCAGCACAUCAAUGGCAGCAAGCCUACCGACUUCUACAACGGAGAGCUGGAAGAGGAGAGUGGAUAUCGUGGCUGGGCAUUGCCAACGGCUAGUGGUGAUCUGAUCUACCCGUUCGCUGCUCUGGCCAUGCUGGAAAUGCUGGCAUCUCUGCAGCCACACCACGACCAGUCGGCGCGGUCCGUCUCGUCCUUCCUCGACGCUCACCUGCGCAGCCGCGGAAGCCUCAUGCCGCGCACUUGCGCUGAGACAACAGAAGGACAGGCGGUGAUCGAUGAGGAAACGACUCACUCGGCCAGUUCCGGACGCCAGCAGAUGGCCUCUCCCACAGGUAGCAGCCAGCGUAGCAACCGACUUUCGAUGAGUCGACGGAAAAGCGGCGAGGCCAUUGUCAAGCAGCAUCGGCGACAGGGCAGCUCUGGAAGUGUAGGCACAAUAAGCAGCUCUAAUAGCACCGUGUCGUCACCUCACAAGGAGGACGGUGGUGUGCUCGAUGACGAGAGGAAUAUCCAGGCUGGCGGACCCAGUGUGGAACUGGACGGUGAGCACCUGGACCGCGUCACCAAGGUCCUCAUGAUCAAGUGGUGUCAGCAUCUUCAGGAGAGAGUGGCCAACGUCCUCUGCCGUAUCAUCUCGUCGGAGACCAAUCAGCAGCGUCUAUGCUCUGCGGAUCUGCUGCCGUUACUGCUGUCUUCGUGUCGCUUGGCCCUGGCGUCAGAGCAGCACCCGCUUCACCAGUGCGCUCUAAGAGCCGUGGAGAGGCUGGCAUCGCAGGCCAUGUCACCGGCAGAUCUACGUGAGUUUCUUCGCCUGGGCAACCCAUUGAACUGUUCGCUGCACAACUCGGCGGCGUUGAAGGCGCGCUGCGGCUCCCCUCCCCCGCCCAUCAACAACAUGGAAGAGGUGCUACUCGUAGAGAGCUACGUCAAUCCAGAUCAAGCUCCAUCGUCAAUGCUCUCCGCAGAGUCGUCGUUGGAGCAGGCCGAAUCUGAGGACGGUGCCGAUAGUCGCAGGCCGUUCGAGCCCUCCGACCUGGCCGGUUGCGAGCUCCUUGGCCGCCGCGUCCCGUUGUCACGGAUACAAUCGCUGGUAACCCUGGCGACGCCACGCUCCAGCCUGGCGUCGACCACCGUGUGUCCGCCGUAUAUAGAGUUCAAGAUGGCGGCGGACGGCUACGGCUGUAUCAUGGCACCACCUAUUGCAGUGGCACCGGUGUUUGCAUCCUCACCGGCCCCGCUGCUGGUAGCCGCCAUAUCUUCUUUUUCAUCGACCAACACGCUCAGCUCCUCGUCGCAGGCGGCAACACCAAACUAUCGCCAGUUCCCGCCACCGAAUGGCCUAUCUGUGUCCGCCUGGGUGUACAUCGAAACGUUCAGUUCCCCGCUGGCCGAUGCACACCCGCUGCGCUUGCUGACUAUCAUUCGUUCACAGCAGCUACCGGACAAGCCACACCGCGCCAGCGUGUGCCUGAGCAUUAGCCUGUCGGCCAGGGAUCGAAUGCUCGUGGUGAGUACAAGAGAAGUGGAUACGGUGACAUCGUGCGGCGACUCCACUAGUGCAAGCAGUGCGAUGGGCACGUCGGACGAGGACGGUAUUCUUCCGGACGGUAGCAGCAGUGACUCGCAACACCAGGCACGCUUCUUCUGCUCUGGCCUGACGCACGUAGGCACGUGGCAUCACGUGUGCGUCGUCUUGAACAACCCGCUGAUCAAGGGGCGGACGGCAUCCGUGUACAUGGACGGGCAGUUAGUGCAAACCAAAAAGCUUUCGUACAUCCAGACGCAGAUGCCGGGCACGGCAUCCUAUCCCGUACCCACUGACGUCACCGCCGCUAACAGUCUAUAUCCAGUGCUGGUACACGCCGUGUUUGGCACGCGCCGAUGCUUGAAGCGCGUAUCAGCGUUGCAGUGGAGACUGGGGCCGGCGCAUAUCAUUGAUGAACCACUCUCAGCGGGCACGGUCAAGUGCAUCUUUGAUCUGGGACCGUGCUAUGUCGGUAGCUUCCAGGCACCUUAUGGUGUUGGCGAGCGUGACUGUGAAGGCACGGUAUCCGCUGGGUCUCUUGUGGCCGAGGAGAAGAUCUCAUUUGGAUUGAACGCUCUCAGCUUCACAGAUAUGACGAUGGACGAUCUGCUGGCCAGUGGAGGAGAUAGGGAUGGAAUGAAGUUUCUGAGAGAGGAGCUGCAGUCUCUCGGCCCUCUGCACAGCGGGAUGCCAAUGCGUUUGUUUCACAACACCACCAUGCAUCUCAACGGAUCAGGGCGCUCGUUUGGCGGUGUCGUGCUGGGCAACUUCCUCUACAGUGUUCGCUGCUUCUUACCUCAGCCUGUCUCCACUGCUAUUGGUAGUGUUGGCGGUAUUCAUCUCUUGCUUGGUCUGGUGGCACAGGCUACCGACGUGCAGAUGCUGUAUGCAGCUGUCAAAGCGCUGGUGUGUGUGCUCACAACCAAUGCUGGCGUGAUGCAGGAAAUGGAGAAGACCAAUGGCUUUCAGGUGUUAGCAAUGUUAUUGCAACAGCGCCGUCAGUACCUGAACACACACAUCCUUCACCUGACCUUCUCACUGGUCGGAACGGUGGACAGUAAUCGCGAGAGCACCGCCAUACCUCACCCGAGAGCGUUCAGCGACCUGCUCUGUGAUCUUCAGUUCUGGAUGCAGACGUCGGAGGACAUUCAGAAAACUCUUCUCGCUCAUUUCUACGACCUCAUUGUCGGCUGCAGUGAAGCAAGGAAGAACAUUGAGAUCCUGCGAGGCAUGCAGAUGGUGGAGCGUCUUCUCGACAUCAUGCUCUAUGAGAACAUCAGUCUGAGCAUUGCUAAGUGCAUACUGAAUGUUGUGGCCGUGCUACUGCGCGGAUAUCCAAGUGCAGCAGACCUGCUCUGCUUUGGUCAGUUCUUGAUCUCCACACUACCAGCAUCCUCAGCCGUACAAGAAGAGGCUCCGCUGCCAUCCAUUGAUAACUCAGCACUAAGAGCUAGAGCAGCGAUAAUGAAGGCGGCUAGUGAAGAGGCACGGGACGGUGGAGACGAUGCUGCAUUCGCAGAGGCCGCCGGCAAGGAGUCCGCGCCGGUCAAUGUUCCUACAUCCACCAAGUUACGUCUACAUCGGCAAGAGCAGCAGGCUAUGGUUUCCGGUAGAAGCAAUGAGCCUUGUCCUGCUACAUCAGAGGAGAUGACAGGCAGUGACACAUUACAGCUGUCGUCAUCAGCACCAUCAUCGCAAUCACCGCUAGCAGAUGAUUCGAGUAGUGAGGCGGCACUAGCAGCUGUUGCCGGUGACAACAGUGGCACGGAGGCACGCCGACAGCAGUCCACGUCGUCCGAUUCCCUGCAGCCGCUGGAGAAGACGUCUGCCCACCGCUGCACUAGCUCACCGGCCAGUGAACUCGCCGACUUGCCAUCGUCUACGUCGACGCCGUCGCAACUGAAGACGUUGUUGAGCAGUCGUCACCGCUCCCAGAGCAUGGACGAUCUCGCCGACAGCUUUGACGGCAAGCCACAGGCGUCGCCCAUCGGGAAGCUGCGCGAUCAAGGACUGUCGCACAGUUUCACCGAGGUCAGUGCUACAUCUCCGCUGUUGUCCGCCGACACCUCACGCAAGUCCAUCCCUAGUAGUAGCUCAGCCGGCGGCAUCUCCGACUUCUUGAAGACGACGAUCGGUAGCGCGGCCGAGGCUCUGCCCAGGAUGCGAUCGAGUGGCUCACAGUUUGCCAGUCGUACGUCGCACGCUAGCAACCUGUCGACCACCUCGUUUUCCCCACUGGCAGUGCCGCUGAAUCGCAUCAUGGAGUUUGAGAAGGAUGUGCCGUCGGCGCUGGCCAAGCGUAACAUGUUGCUCGACUUUCUCGAGCACUCGCUACGCCUGGACUCUCUGGAUGUGGAUAUGAAGGCCGCAUCAACGGUGGCCGAAGUGCUCGGCAUCGACUGGUUGUUGCUCUUCAUGCACGUGCACAUACACCGCAGCUCCGUGGUGCGUGCAUUGCGCGUUCUCUCCGUCUUGCUGUCUGUACCCACGCUGCAGUGCAAGUUCAAAGCUGGCCAUAUCAUCGGAAACUGGAGUGCCAAGCCAGGCACAGACGCAGCGCUGAUCACUGCUGGCCAGGGCGUGUCGCGUGGAUCACGGCAGUCGUCGGUAGAUGUGAUGCCCGGGUAUCCAUCACUAACACGCCUGCUAACAGAUAACGGUGGAACAUUCCAGAUCCUGUACAUUCUGCUGGCAAUCCUGACGAACACGCCCGUGGUGAGAAUCCCGACGUUUAUCAAGGAGCUGACGACGAAGAGCCUGGAGGACAUAUUCGACACGACUCUGUUCGACGAUCCGUUCUCCUCACUAAUUGUACCGGCAGUGGAUGGACAUGCACAGUCAGGUGGAAUGUUCAUGAUCGGGGCAUCACGGGCACCGCUGAUGCCUGUACAAAGUCCUGAUAUGGCUCUGGUCGUCCUGGCUAUUGUACGCGCCAUGAUGAAUGCUGUACCGGGCACAGACUUGGCGAACACUCCCGACAAUCACCCCACACUGCUGCUGAGUAUGAUGCUAUCCGUGUACAUGCACUCGCUGGACUUCAGCCUGUUUGCAACCUCGCGGCCGUUCCUGUCCGCGCUCGUCUCCUGUCUGUUUGUGAGCAAGCCGGAAGCAGAGCGUGAGAUGAGUACGUCGUCCGUACCCAAGGGUAGUGGUAGUUCUGCUGCUACUGCUGCUGCUGGUCUAAGUCUAGAGACUCCGAUAGACGAGGACGAGGAUGAUGAAGAGUUUGUGGUCAUUGACACGACAGCAAUGGCGACGCUAGCGUCUGCAGAGACUGCUCCCAAAGCAGGACUGCCACCGACAGUCAGUACUGGUGACAGAUCGUACAGUCCAAUCACCGGUGGUGGUGCUGGUGAUGGUAAAUCGUAUCCACCGACAGUACCGGACACAGCCAGUGGCACACUGGCCAGCAACACCCUCAACUCUCACCCGGCACGUGACCAGGUCAUGAAGCUGCUGACAGCCGUAGCGCUGGACAGCCUGCUCGUGUGUGGUGCAGCCGGUGCUAGUGGUGCUGCUGGUACUGGUGGUGCUGGCAGUGGUGGCGCUGCCGACAAGUCUGCGCAGUCCGCCAUGUCGGCUGCGUCGCAAUCCAGCACGCUCUCGUCUUCAGCAUCGUCGUUGUCCGGUAAACCGAGCAUCGACGUGAUCGACACGAUUCUGGAGUUGAUCAACAACACUUCGCUGAACGCGACGGUCAGCUCCAAUGUGCAAGCGCUGUUCCUGACUAAUGUCUCAAAGAAACUGGCUGCUCUGCGGCCACUGGUAGCUGCCUCGCUGUUCUCGGCGUAUCGUGUUGCGGAGAACCAGACAUCCCCUAUCACACACAAUGGACAUCGCCCGCUGGCUAAAUUCAUUGCUUUCUGUGCACGCCUGGCAGAUAAGGCUUGGCAAGGUGUAUUUAGUGACAGUCUGAUGGAGUUGCUCUCGUUUCUCACCGUGGUGGUAGCUGAUGGAUUAGCUCCACCGAAGACGUCCAGCAAAUCCUUGUCACCCGGCCAUCGUUUCUUCUCCUCUCCUUUGUCUUCACCGUCUCAUCAUGGCGCCAAGUCACCCAACAGCAGAGGCAGUAGCAGUAGUCAUGUUCCGCACCGUGGUCUUCAGGCACCGCCUAGUUCAGAUGCCACGGGUCGCUGUGCCAGCAUCUAUCGCUGUAUCAACCGUAUCAUCCUGUAUGUGUUGUCACUCGGCAUGGAUGGCAGCACAGGCAGCGACACCAUCAUUCAGAACUUGCUUGAGUGGAUGAUAGAGAACCACCGGCUGGUGUUUGGCGCGGCGAACAAGGACGCUGAGUUCCUAGCAUGUCUUGUCCAUCACCUGAUCUCACUAUGUCAGGACGGUCUAGAUGCAGCUCGGCGUGCGGGUACUGAACAACCUGUCACUGCUGGAGCACCGCCACCAUACUCGUUAAGCGAUCAUACUGCCGAGAGCUCAUCGUCCUCGGCUUCAGCAGCAGCAGCAGGUGCGGCUGCUGCUGGCUCACCGCCCGCCUACACGGCAUCGCCAAGCCCGGCCACGGCAAAGCGCGAGAGUUUCCUGGUGUCGUCUUGCAGGAACCUCCCGCCGGGUGCAUCGGUGGGCAAGUUCGCGCUCAUGCUCUGGCCAAUGCUCAUUGCAGCGAAGAAGAAGGAGGUUUGUGAUGUGUUGAAGAUCCAAGAUGUACCCAACUUCCCAGCAAGUCUUCACUCACCGGAGCUGAUUGUCUCCACAAGAGCUUCACUGGCAGAUCAGGAUCAGAAGAUCUGGCUGAACUACAUCACCGGCGAAGACAAGUAUCAGGAUUCGCUGGCUCCGUCAUCCAGUCUGGCUGGCAAGACAGCGAAUCGUCGCAAGGGCAUGUUCUUCCGGCGUGCCAAGUCUGAGGAUAGACAAGAUGUAGAUCCUGCGCAACUUGAGGUUCUGCUGCACGUUCAAAGCUGUGAAAACCUGGCGCUGGUCAAGUCGCACAUUUCUCUCAAGCGCCGUGGCUUACAAGUGGCAUCGCUGCAAGCCAAUCGCUAUGCAUUGCAGGAGUGGCGCAGGGUGGAGGGCGAGCUACUGCGUGAGCGUGGCAUAUGGGGACCCAGCGAGCAGUCUGCACUCAGCAAGUGGAAGCUGGAUCUAAUGGAAGGACCUGGACGCAUGCGUAAGAGACUUGUUCUGAACGAUAACUUCUAUUCACACUACCCAUUCCGAUCGGAGCAGGACAAACGGAUAGAGGUUCCCGGUAAGAACAAGUUUGCACGCAGUGCGCACAGUAAGAUCUACUACCACCACUAUGUCACUGGCGACCACCGGGUCAACAUCUUUGAAAGCCUGCUCAGCGGAGGCGAUGAGGAGAGACAGCGAUCUCUCAGCUCCAGUACAAGCGACAGCACUGCGGGCCAGGCGACCAAAGCCACCGACUCGACAGCCGACGCAUUGACCAGAACCGCGCCAAGCUCGUCGGAGCGCGGGCGGGACGAAACGCUAACACAGGACGGCGUGCUGAAGCAUGUUGCGUCCAAGGACAAGACACCAGCGCGGGACAGAUCAAAAUCAGGUGUCGGUGUAGUUGAGCAUGUACCCACCAUACCCCUCUCACAGGGCAGCAAUGAAGCAACCGAGUUUGGACAGGGGCAAGUGUUCUCCGUCGGCAAAGGUCAAGACGUUGAGCAGUUUGUCAUGAAGGCACUGGAUCAUGGACACAAAAUUCGCUGGUCGUACCGCUGUGUACUGUUGAAAGGCCUGGACAUCAUCGAUGGUGUACUGGUCUUCACCGCGCACACCUUCUACAUUCUGCUUGGUGUCACGUUGUUACCAGAGGGACGCAUUGUUCUUAUCUCACAACCUGAGGCACAGAAAUUGCCGGACAUUGUGCCAAAGCAGCGUCGUACCAAUCCGGUAGUGCUGCCCGACGGACAGUUCAGUCUAGUGCGUUGUGCUUAUGAAGAUCUGAAAGAAAUCUACUGCCGCCGAUACUGUCUUGUGAACUGUGCUAUUGAGCUGUUCCAAGGUGAUGGACACAGUCACUUUCUAGCGUUCUCAAAGUCUGAGCAGAUGAAGGUCUACCAAAGGUUCAUCAGCCUUGGCAAGCACCUCGAUGAGACAGCUGAGCAAUCCUUACUGGGCAUGAAGAAAGAUGCUGAAGUGGAGUCGAGUUCAUUCUUGAACAGUCUCAUACACAGUGAUAAGAGAGUGACUGAUCGGUGGUUGCGUGACGAGAUCAACAAUUUCCAGUACUUGAUGUGUCUGAACACACUGGCCGGUCGUUCUUACAAUGAUCUGAUGCAGUACCCUAUCUUCCCAUGGAUACUGGCAGACUACAGUAGCCAGACAUUGGAUUUGAGCGACCCGAAGUCCUUCAGAGACUUGUCUAAGCCGAUGGGAGCGCAGACACCGGCACGUCUCAAGCAGUUUAGCCAGCGUUUCCGUGACUGGGAGGAUCCUGCUGUUGGCACAAAGCCGUACUACUACGGCACACACUACUCAUCAGCUAUGAUUGUGUCGUCGUACCUGAUACGCCUGGAACCGUUCACACAGCACUUCUUACGCCUGCAGGGAGGUCAUUUUGACCAUGCUGAUCGUAUGUUCCAUAGUAUGGAGGACCAGUGGGCCAGUGCAUCCGAGAUCAACAUGGCUGACAUCAAGGAGCUCAUCCCCGAGUUCUUCUAUCAGCCUGAUUUCCUGCAGAACAAGAACAAGUUCAAACUGGGUGUGAAGCAGAACCUGGAUGAGCUGGACAAUGUCAUUCUGCCGCUCUGGGCCAAAGGAGAUGCACACGAGUUCAUUCGUGUUCAUCGCGAGGCAUUGGAAUGUGACUACGUGACGUCACGGAUACACGAAUGGAUUGACCUGAUCUUCGGCUACAAGCAGCAGGGAAGCGCAGCGGUCGAAGCACAUAAUGUCUUCCACCACCUCUUCUACGAAGGAGCUGUCAAUAUUGAUGAGAUCACGGAUGAUUUGGAGAAGAAUGCCACCAUUGCUUUCAUCAACAACUUUGGGCAGAUGCCCAAACAGCUCUUCAAGAAGCCUCAUCCGCAAAAGAAAGUGAAGUCCCGAGCACCAGCUGUACCAGGUACAGUAGGGCCAUCCUCGACAGCGAGUGUUGUUCUCGGUGGUGCUGCUACUGGCGGCAGUGCUACUGCUGCUGCUGGCGUUAAUGCUUCCCCGGCGUCCGCGGACGCACUGUCCCAGGCAUCCACAGCGAGUGCGGUUUCCAGUGGUAGUGCCCCUCUGACCAUGUCCAUAGCUGGCACGUCUGCCACGGAUCGCCUGUUCUACCGCAAUCUACAACGUCUUCAGCCGAGCCUGCAGCCUGUCAAGGAAUUGCAAGGACCAGUUGGUUGUAUAAUUCUCAAUGACAAGGAUAAGUCUAUUGUUGGCAUCGAGAGAAAUCGGGUUCUUGUUCCGCCGGCAUAUAACCGUUACCUAGCGUGGGGAUUCCCCGACUUCAGUUUACGCUCCAGCUCCCUUGAAUCAGACAAGGCUGUGACCGUGUACGAAGGCUUACAUACUGGUCAGAUAACCUGUGUAGUUUGUCCUGACCCGAAGACAGUCAUCACUGGGGGAGAGAGCACGGUGCUGUGUGUAUGGCAGUUAGUUGCAUCAUCAGGCAAAGAGAAGGGCAGGCAGCUUGCUCUCAAAGAGGUCCUGUACGGUCAUUCGGCUCCCAUCACGUGUCUCCAAGCCAGCACUACCUACAGCGUCAUAGUCAGCGCUGCACAGGAUGGUACAUGCUUCAUCUGGGAUCUCCAGCGUCUGGCGUUCAUUCGUCAACUGCAAGUUCAUCGCCAUCCCGUAGAAGCUAUCUGUAUCAAUGACUUGACGGGUGACAUAGUGACGUGUGCAAACACCACCUUAGCAUGGUGGAGUAUCAACGGUGAUCUACUGGGCAGAGAGACAAUGCCAAGUGCUGACGGACAUGCCAUCACCUGCUGUACUAUGUCUGAGCUGUGCGUUUGGGACAGCGAGAAUGUGAUAGUCACUGGCUCAAUGGAUGGUGUAGUGCGGUUCUGGAGUCUUGGGUUUCGUGACCUGCACUACAGCAGCAGCAAGACUGCCAACCAGCUAGCGGACUUGUCACGUGUGAAUAGCAGUGCCUUAUCAGAGUACAGCACAAACACUGCAAGCCAUACGCCAUCUCCUAGUAUGCCUUCGCCAGCGCCAUCACUACCACAACAACAACAACAACAACAGCAGCAGCAGCAAGAAGAAGAAGAACAAGAAGACGACGGCGCACACGUAGCGUCUUCAUCACCGACCAGCGGCAGUGGUAUGGCUAGGGCGGUGUCACCUUUCUUCAAGACGAAACCGUCCGGACAUACUCUGGACAAUCCAGUCCUGCGCCAUCGCCGGCCCACCAGCACUCUGAAAACGACCCUAUCGGCAGAGAACCUGCAAACACCAGACAAUAUACAAAAAGUGAGGAACACAGCAUCCACUGCAUCACUCUCAUCCAUGUCCGCUGAUGAUGUCACAUCACCAGCAGUUGUCGUGGCAAUGCCAGCUGUUGCGGCCGGUUCCCACGACUACGGCGUGGCAAGGCGUGGACUCUCGUCGGCCGGUGCGGCAGCUGUUACGUCCAGUGCUGGUGGUGGUGGUGCUGGUGGUGCUGUCGUCAGCGUUGGUGGUCGUGAUUGCGGAGGUAGUGCUGCAAUGACCGAUACGAUCACACAUGCAACCAGUGAUACUCUUGAUGACACCGAGACUACUACCACUACCACCACUGCUGCUGCUGCUGCUGCUACUGCUACUACUGGUGGUAGCGAUGGCCUAAACCCGAGCGUUGACCCUGUAACUUCUGCAGCUUCGGCAUCCUCUUCUCCUACCACUACGCAUACCAAGCUAGUCAUACCCACUGAUAGCCCGCAUGAUGGCGAUGCUGAAAAGAAGAAGAAGAAAGAGGAGGAGAAGAAUAAGGGAAAGGGGAAUCGCAAAGACGGAAAACAGGGUGGUCGUUGGCAACGUCGUCUCAUACUGCGUGCUCGCCUAACCAUGCACACAGCCUUUGAUCGCGUCGACAACAAGUUUCCGGCUGCAAUCACGUCGCUUCAUAUCACUAGGGAUCAUCGUCGAUUGCUAGUAGGUGAUUACCGUGGUCGAAUCUACAGUUGGUCUGUCCCAGAAGCACAUGGCAAGGUAGCUGAUCACUGGGUGCCUGAUGAUGUGGCUGACUUUUGCUCAGCAUGCCAGGUCAAGUUUAGUCUAACUGAGCGAAGGCACCACUGCCGCAACUGUGGCAAAGUCUUCUGUGGAAAGUGCAGCAAGUUUGAAUCGGAGAUCCCAGAGAGGGGUAUUCAACGCUUGGUACGCGUCUGCGAGGCGUGUUACAUCAUCCUGAAGGGAAACCUUGCUAUGCCCAUUUACUAGUCACUCAGGAUCAAGCAAGUGAAAAGUGGUCGUCUUCUAGCAUCGUGACUGACAUUGUCACUCACUCUCCCCCGACCGUGCCUGACAUUGUCACUCACUCUCCCCCGACAUCAGCUUCUCAACCGUUGUAACAGUCUAGCCAUACCUGCUACACAUGCUUCACAUGUCUCAUAAUCAUGCUGAACUGAGACGGAUGAGAGAGAGAGAGAGGGAGUAUGCGCUGUGUGCGCAUAGUCACCUGCACAGUUCUUGCAGCUGCAAGAGGUGUGGCAACUCCUACACACCCGCCCCAGCACACCUCCAGCACAGCUCCAGCACAACUCCAGCACUCCUCUACUUCCAAUGCUUUCUGCUGAUCUCUCCUGAAAUAUAGAGAUAAGCUGUACUAGUCCAAGUGCCCCCCCCCCUUCUCUCUCUCUCUCUCUCUCUCUCUCUCUCUCUCUCUCUCUCUCUCUCUCUCUCUCUCUCUCUCUCUCUCUCUCUCUCCCCUUUAUCAUGCUAUCGGAUACUGCAUUUGCCAGUAGAAAAUUCUCCGAAAGCUGUUUAGAGUCGUGGAAAACAGCACAGCGAGCCAUCUUCAUGUUUUGUAUCCACAUCAACGCUUCCUCUUCGUGCAUUGCCUGGCAUUAUGCACAGCCUGGCAAUGUGCACAGCCCGGCAUUGUGCCCAGCCCGGCAUUGUGCCCAGCCCGGCAUUUAUCUCUCAUGACAUGUGCAGUGUUUUGCUGAGAGUUUUACGUGUAUUGUGUAAUACCCGGCGGCACCUAUACUUUAACAGCAGACUGGUGUGGUGAUUCAGGGUAUCUGUCAACUCCGAUUCUACUGCCCAUCACACUGGAACAGCGGCGUGCACAGUCUAUUCUAUAAUAAUUAACAGCUACAUACCUCAUGCAACUCUAUGCUAUGCCACACACACACACACACCAACCUUUUUUUUACAUAGUUUUAUCAUCUCAUGCCCUCAAGCUUGUGUGUACAUACGCCACCCUCCCGUCCAUGGAUGGUCGCUUGUUGGCAUGGUUUAUAGUGGAGCAUUGCUUGUUGGCAUGGUUUCUAGUAGAGCAUUGCUCCUCUGCUAUAUAUCAUAGUGUUUGCCCGAUGUGCAAUUGUUGGGAACUGCGUAAACAUUUGUGUGUGUGUGUGUGUGCGUGCGUGCGUGCGCGUGUGUGUGUGUGUGUGUGUGUGUGUGUGUGUGUGUGUGUGUGUGUGUGUGUGUGUGUGUGUGUGUGUGAGUGAGUGUUGGGGCAUACCCACUGCUGUUGUUGCUGCUGAUCAUGUUGCGUGAAUUUGUCCAUUUUUAUGCUCUCUUUUAUUCAACUCUUUAAUUAUUGUGUGAACGUGUGUUUAUUUUCGCGCUAUUUUCUCUCUCCGACAUAGAUUAUACAUGUCAAUAUACAUGUAGAUUCGUAUGAUACCGUACAGCAACCGGUAAACAUCUCAAUGUUGCCAGAGCG